AUGAUUAAAAAUAAAAGCUAUUUGAUUUAUGGAGGUGCUUUAGUAUUUGCAUUACUUGGGUCAUUCAAAUAUAUAAUAAAAUCUAAAUAAUAGAAGCCAAUAGGUUAAAUAGAAUUCAGUUUACUAUAGUCAUCUACAACACUUGAUUACAUAAAGAAACCAGCAGGGAUAAGAAAUAUAGGGAAUACAUGUUUCUUGAAUUCAGUAUUAUAAGUACGAUAAAUUACAUAAUUAGUGGCCUUAAGUUCAUAACCAAAUUUUAUUGAAUAUUUAUUUGAAUUAGUUUAGCAAAUUAAUGGAUAAACAACAUUAGCAUAAUAGAUCUGUUUAGAAUUGGCCAAAAUAAUGAAAUACCUAAAUAAUGAUAUGGAAAUAAUAGAUGUUAAUGAUUUAAUUAAUCUUCUAUCUGAAGAUGCUGAUUACUCUUUUUUUUAUCAAUAAUAAGAUUCUCAUGAACUUUUUAACAUGUUAAUGAAACAUAUUGAAGAAGCAAAUAAUCAAAUUAAUUAAUUUGAUUUAACAAUGUUAAGAUCAAAAUAAAUGAAAUCUAAGAAUCCUUUUCUUCAUCAUACAAAAGUUUAGAUUAAAUGCAAUACUUGUAAUUAUUCUGUAAAUAUCUUCUAAUAAAUUUAGUUUAAUUCACUAAAAGUAGAAAGUAAUUAUGCAUUUUAUUUUCAUCUUAAUUAUGCAAGAACAAUUUAAGAAGCAAUUGAUUAUAUCUAACAACCUGAAAUAAUCACUGAAUAUAUAUGUUUCUAUUGUUCUUUGUAAUUUUUGAGGAAGAAAUAUACAUUGAAUGAAUAAUAGAAGAUUAUUGAUUAAUAUCUCUCAAAUAAUAAUUAUGAUGAGGAUUCUUUAACCAUAAUUAAAAAGAUUAUUGAAUAACUAAAUGUAGUCAAAGGCAAUCAAUUUUAGAUAGACCCAUAGAAAGCAUGUCUUAAAAGAACUGUGACACGCUAGACUCAUAUUGCAAAAUAUCCAGUAUUUGUAUAUAAAUCUAUUCUAAGAAAACAUUUUGUUUUUUUGUCAAUAGAUUAAUAGUACAUCCUUAUCAUGGAUUGAUUAAAUUGGAUCAUUCAGUUUAUUUAGAUUCUACUUUUAAGGUUGCUGAGAAAGAAUACAUUUUAUCAGCAUUAGUUUGUCAUAUAGGUGAUUCUAAUUCUGGUGAGUAUCUUAAAUCAUCUAUCUAGGCCAUUAUAUUGCAUUCAAAAGGACAUUUGCUUAGGAUCUUUAAUCAUCAAUGAAUCAAAAUAAAUCAUACAAAAAAUGUGAAUGGUAUAUUACUUCUGACAAAAAAGUUACUCUUACAAAGUAACCAUUACAAGGUGAAGCAUAUUUAAUUUUUUAUGAUACAUAUUGA